AUGGUAGGCUACGACCAUGCCGAACAAAAAGAGCUGGAGCCACCGGAGGUCCCGUCGAGUUCCAGCUCAGGUGCCAGCGAGAGUAUUAUCGACUAUGAGAAACAGAAAGAUUGGGACCCUCUUGAAAAGACCGACACGAUAGGAACACUACCGGACAAUGAGAACAGACGCGGCAAAAACAAGUUGGAGCCUCAACCCAGCUGGCAGGCACACCAUCAUGGCAUGCUCAAGUUUCGGUCCAUGGACGACGACCUGCCCACCAGCUGGUGGUUUGCUUCGACUGCCAUUCCUCUCAUUGCGGCCACGUUUGCUCCCAUGGCCAAUCUGAUAUCCAUCACCGCCCUGGUCGUCCCUUGGAGGAAUAGACUCACCCAGAGCCAGACCGAGUUUCCCACGACCUAUGAAGCCACUUCGGUAGGCUACGACGACCCUCGAUGGUGUGUCGACCUCAACAUUGCCUCUCUCGUCUGUGGGUUUGUAGGCAAUCUUUUCCUUCUCUUCAAUUUCACAAAGCGCGUCCGAUACAUCGUCGCUCUCCCCGCGACCAUUGUGCUGUUCUACGCCGCCUCGGGUAUACUAAUCGGCCUGACCGUCUCGAUGAAUCUUCAUGUCCCGCCUGGCCCUGAUGCAGUCUAUUCCCAGGGCUACUGGAACGCCGUCAUUGCUGCCUGUCUCUACAUGUUCAACUCGAUGAUUCUGAUGGUGAACAUGUGCGGCUACUUCCUCGGCCACUACCCUCAACACUUUACCUUGACUGACGAGCAGCGCAACCUGAUUCUCCAGACAAUGAUGUUCUUCAUAUGGCUUGGUGGCGGUGGCGGUGUCUAUUCAAGAAUCGAAGGUUGGACGUAUCCGGAUGCCGUGUAUUUCUGCGACGUCACCAUCCUGACCGUCGGCUUUGGAGACUUUUAUCCCACCGACGACCUUGGUCGAGGCCUGGUGUUUCCUUACUCGGUAGGCGGAAUUGUCAUCCUGGGUCUGAUGGUCAGCUCUAUCCACAAGUUUGCUGGUGAGCUCAGUACGGUCAACGUGCUCCGUAAACAUGUCGAGCACAGAAGGGUCACCACCCUGUCACGCGUUGUGACGGUGGAAGAUGAAAACGAGGAGAAGAGGCGGGAUGACCUAGAGAAAGAGGUGGCAAAGGAAGAAAGAAGUGGUCGACGGCCUACGAUUUCAUCUCCUGUUCCGAAUCCGCAGAUCCAGCGUGAUUUGGACGAAGCAGCAGGGCGUCUCGAACGCACCCUGAUUCGCGACCCCAUUCAGGAUCGUCAAAUCGAAUUUGGAAAUACCAACGCCGAAGAGCUAAAGAAGGCAGAGGAGCAUGAACCGCACCCCAAUCAAUUCCUACGUUCGGCAUUUCACAACGGUCCGAUCCAUAACACCUUACGGUUGAUUACAAAGCCCUUGAGAAGAACCAUGACGAGACAACAAAAGAAGGCCAUUUUGAUGAGAGAGGAGAAGGAUAAAUUCGACGCUAUGCGGGAUAUCCAAUCCAACGCCAAAAAGUUCAAAAAGUGGUACGCCUUAUGCCUGUCGGCGCUGGCUUUUGGGAUUUUGUGGUGCAUCGGAGCGGUGGUAUUUUGGAGUGUCGAGCACGACACCCAAGACCUUAGCUAUUUCGAGGCAUUGUACUUCUGCUAUGUCAGCUUGCUGACCAUCGGCUAUGGCGAUUUGAGUCCUAAGAGCAAUGCUGGCAAACCCUUUUUCGUGGUUUGGUCGUUGAUUGCUGUACCGACAAUGACGAUCCUGAUUUCCGAUAUGGGUGACACCGUCAUCUCAAGUUUCAAGCAAGGGACGUUCAAACUCGGUGACCUGACCGUCCUUCCGAAGGCAGGUCUUUGGCGCGACAUCGUCAUACAGCACCCCUGGCUUUGGAAUUGGAUGAGCAAAAGGGCUGAGAAGAAGCGUCUCAAGGCCGGCUUGCCUUUUGGACCGGACCCCAACGAAGCUCCCCCUGACUUGAGCAUUGAACAGCUCGCAGCGGAGGAACCAACAGAGGCGGAACUGACGCAGCGUCUGGCUUGGGCUAUUCGCAAGACUGCCGACGAUCUCCAGCAUGCACCGGGGAAACACUACACCUAUGAAGAGUGGUGUGAAUUCAGCCGCUUGAUCCGGUUCACAAAAGUGGGCCUUGAUCAAAUGGAAUACGACGAGGAAACCGAUGGGGUGGUUGAAUGGGAUUGGCUCGAGGAGAGUAGCCCCAUGUUGAGUCAGCAAACCGAGUCCGAGUGGAUCCUGGACCGGCUCUGUGAGAGUCUGCUCCGGUUGCUGAAGAAGAACAUGAUUGCGAACGGCAUCAAUCCCAAUUCAGGAUUCCCUCGAUCGAGCGGUACAGAUCUCAGCGUCUUCAACUUCAACCGGAGCGGUACCAUAUAUGAAGACCCGUCAGGGGACCGAAAACCUGACUCGUCUGCGAAGGGCAAGGGCGUCGAGCCUCCUCCGCCGACAAAGUCCCAGGAACGCCAACGGAGAGCAUCAGGCGCCGAUGCAGUGCUGACAUUCUUCACCGGCGACCGGAGGGGAACUCAUGCAUAUGCUUCCGAAGCGCCUCAAUGGAGCAAAAAGGCCAUGGAACGCAUGAAGGAACGUCGACGAAGUAGCACUUCGAAGCGAAAGGGACCGUUCAGCAAGCUUGAGCACCGUGGCAGGACAGGGGCUGUUGGCGGCGGAAGGGGCGGGGCAGGCAUUCGCACGCUGAAGAUGAGACACUUCACCAGAAACCAGGAAGAGGAGGGAUGA